CAAACGCGAAGUGUGGCUGUGCUCAGACAGCCCCAUUUAAUCUCGUGUCUGGGACGCGUAAGAGGCUGCCAACAUGCCACCCAAAGCCGAUUGGGACAAAUAUGACAAACGUUUCAGUGAAAGAAAAGAGGAGAAAAUAAUCGCUCUUGACGACAACGAUAUACAAAUAUUAAAGACAUACGGCCAAGGCCCGUAUGCUGCUCAACUCAAGAGAGUAGAAAGUGAUAUAAAAGAGGUUCAGAAGCGAGUCAACGAGAAGAUGGGCGUUAAGGAGUCCGACACCGGCCUCGCACCUCCAAACCUUUGGGACAUUGCCGCCGACAAGCAGAGGAUGAGUGAAGAUCAGCCUCUGCAGGUUGCGCGAUGCACGAAAAUUAUCCGUAUGGACCCCGAGAAAGCUGCUCGCGCAGCUGCCAUGAAUCGGCCAGGUGCGGAACAAGGCCAGAAAGGCGCCGAUGAGCAAGACCAAUAUGUUAUCAAUAUCAAGCAGAUUGCUAAAUUUGUCGUCGGUCUCGGUGAACGUGUCGCGCCCACUGAUGUGGAGGAAGGAAUGCGUGUUGGAGUGGAUCGUAACAAGUACCAAAUUCAGAUCCCAUUGCCUCCAAAGAUUGACCCUUCUGUCACCAUGAUGCAAGUCGAAGACAAGCCAGACAUUACCUACUCGGACGUCGGGGGCUGCAAAGAUCAAAUCGAAAAAUUAAGGGAGGUUGUUGAGACACCUUUGCUUUCUCCAGAACGUUUCGUCGCUCUAGGCAUCGAUCCCCCGAAGGGGGUCAUGCUGUACGGUCCUCCUGGAACUGGUAAGACACUCUGUGCCAGGGCGGUAGCCAACCGAACGGAUGCCACAUUCAUCCGAGUUAUUGGGUCCGAGCUCGUUCAAAAAUAUGUUGGCGAAGGUGCUCGUAUGGUUCGUGAACUGUUCGAGAUGGCUCGUGGAAAGAAAGCAUGCAUCAUCUUCUUUGAUGAAGUCGACGCUAUUGGCGGGGCCCGUUUUGACGAUGGAGCUGGGGGCGACAAUGAAGUACAGAGGACAAUGCUGGAGCUCAUUAACCAGUUGGAUGGCUUUGAUCCUCGGGGUAACAUCAAAGUUAUCAUGGCGACCAAUAGACCCGACACGUUGGAUCCAGCGCUACUCCGUCCAGGUAGAAUCGAUCGAAAGAUCGAGUUUGCACUUCCCGACACGGAAGGGCGAGCGCACAUCUUAAGAAUUCAUGCUCGUAGCAUGAGUGUCGAGCGCGACAUCCGUUUUGACCUCAUAGCUCGCUUGUGCCCGAACACUACAGGGGCCGAGCUGAAGUCUGUAGCAACAGAGGCGGGCAUGUUUGCUAUCCGCGCCCGAAGGAAGGUCGCGACCGAGCGUGAUUUUUUGGACGCCGUCGAGAAAGUAGUUCGGCAAGGCACGAAAUUUUCAAGCACACCCUUAUAUCAAGUGUACAAUUAGAAGGGUUUGGCCAACGUC